AUGGCAGUAAGCCGCAAGAACUCAUCAACAAUCUACUCAGAGCACCCGACUAGUAAGAACUCAUCACAUUAUUAUCAGAAGAAGAAAGAGAAAAAGGAUCCGAGAAAUGCGGUUAUCAUUAAUUUUUCACAAGGCGAGAAGGUUACUGUAGAGGAUGUGAAAAGGGAAUUGGCCAAAUACGGAUCAGUUCGUUCCGUUCAAUUGUGCACAAUGGAUUCAUGUCAGGCAUUUGUCACGUUUCAAAAGUCAUCUGAAUUCUCAGCUCGAAAAAUUGUGUCAAAACUUUUGAAAUUAACCAGUGGAAUCCUAUUUGUCAAACAGUUCAUUUGGACGAUUUGUAGACCAGAAGAAUGGAAAAAGUGUAUGGAGCAUCCUGCGGAAUCCACGAAUUUGGCUGGGAAAGGAGUAACGGUGGACGAGUUGAACAGCAUUUUCACGAAUUUCGUGCAGCACAACUCUUCGAUGUCUCAAACCUCGAUUUUCUCCGAUUCCACUCAAUCGUUCUCCUCAUUUUCCUCACUUUCCCUCUCCAGAUCAUACAGUUCAUCUUCUUCACCAAACGCCGAUAGUUGUGAUUCUUCAGUGACAAUCACUCCUUUUUCGUUUUACCCUGCUCAGAGCACUUCUGGAUUCAUCAACCUUCCGCCUCCGUACCAUACUCUUCCGGACACUGCCUUCUUCCGUCGAACAAGAAUCAUUCCUCCCCCAUCGAUUCAACCCAUCUCGAUCACCCAAACCAUCAUGGAUUGUUAUAUCAAAAGUAUCCAAAAAGGGGAUUCUCAAUUCCAUCGACGUCGUCCGUUAUCGAUUGGUUCACGGAUGGAUUUGGAGUGUAAUUGGGCUAUUUCUUUCUGA